AUGGUUAAAGGUUAUGGUAGGAAAACCAUUUCCCCUAGGUGCUCUAUGAAAAUAGACCUCCACAAGGCUUUUGACUCCCUUGAUUGGAGGUUUAUUUCUGUUGUUCUCAAAGCUAUUCAACUCCCUCACCAAUUUAUUGCUUGGAUUGAAGAAUGUUUUACUCAAGCCAGAUAUUCAAUAGCUUUCAAUGGUACCUUGAUUGGUUAUUUUAAAGGGGCUAGGGGGCUUAGACAAGGUAAUGUGGAAUCGGUUGUUGGUAUUCUUAGUGUGCUUGAUCAAUUCCAUCAAAUCUCUGGUCUUAAACUUAAUUCCUCCAAAUCCGAGCUUUUUGCUGCUGGUAUUCCUAAUGGCAUCAUGGACAAAAUCAAAAGGAUUUCAGGCUUUAAAAUUGGAUCCCUUCAUGUCAAAUAUCUUGGUAUUCCCCUUGUUUCUCGCAAGCUCACGGAUAAGGACUGCGAAGCUCUAAUCACUAAUAUCAAACAAAAACUACAGUCCUGGUGGAGCAACUUUGCUCCCGUUUCUUCUGGAAAUGAGCUGAUAGAAAGGCUACUGGAGCUAGAGAAGAUCCUUGCUGGUAACGACUCCCUCUGGGUAGCUUGGCUCAACAGUUUUGUUCUUAAGAACCAAGACUUUUGGCUUUUUCAAGCUGGAGCGAAUGUAAGUUGGAGUAUAAAACGGAUUUUAAAACUGAGAACAACAUCUUCCCCUUUUCUCACUGCUGGUUUGCAACCCAAAGAAAUCUGGGAAAUAUCCCGUACGCAUGAACAAAAGGUUUCUUGGCAUCGUUUAAUCUGGUUUCCGCUGCAUAUUCCCAAGCAUAGUCUGUUAGCUUGGAUGGUUCUUCCCGAUAGUCUUCCUACCAGAGAUCACCUCCAACGAAUGGGAAUCUGCUCCGAAGGCAUUUGUAUCAACUACAACCUUUUCCAAGAGUCUCGUGACCAUAUUUUCUUCCACUGCCCUCUAGCAGCUGAACUCUGGAGUUCUAUUCUGCAGCUUACUGGUAUGAACUCAUCUUUCAUGUCUUGGGAUGACUUUAUUGUUUCGGCUUGCUCUACUUGGAAAGGGAAAUCUCUUAUCACUGUCCUUUUGAAGCUUGCGUGGUCUGCUUUCAUUUAUUUUUUGUGGCAAGAACGCAAUAACAUAAUUUUCCUUGGACAUCGGAGAAGCGUUGAAGCUUUGCUCGAAGAAAUCAAGAAUGUUGUAGGCAUUCGACUAAGGGGCAAAUCCAUUAAUAGAUUAGAUAGUAUUAACCUUUCUCUUUGUAGUGCUUGGAAUAUAACCUAA